UGUCGCGCAGCUGUGUGGGUUCGGCUUCUCGGCUUUCCAAGGCUUCUAGCGCCACAAGGAGAGAGAGAGAGAGAGAGAGAGUCUAUUCUUGGCGUCCUUUUCCUUAGCCCCUCUUACCCUUCUCUUCCUCUUCGAGAGAGAUCUAAGAUCUAGGGUUUUCCGCCGAUCCGCUUGGCCGGAACCCCAGCCAUGACGUCCGUCUCCGUUGCCGGGGAGUGGCAGCUCCUCUACAACCGCUUCUACCGCAAGCUAACCAUCUACACGAUGCAGUGGGGCCGCAUCGACCUCUCCCGCCACCGUAUCGCCGCUGCACCCUUUGGCGGCCCCGUCGCGGCCAUCCGCGACGAUUCCAAGAUUGUCCAGCUCUACGCCGAGUCCGCCCGCCGCAAGCUCCUCAUCUUCAACGCCGCCGGUCGCGCCCUCGCCUCCGCCAUCUGGGACCGCCCAGGCGGCCGCCUUGUCGGCAUGGCCUGGACCGAUGAUCAGGUCCUCGUCUGCGUUGUCCAGGACGGCACCGUUUACCGCUAUAACGUCCACGCCGAGCUCUGCGCCCCCCAGUUCUCCAUGGGGAAGGAAUGUUUCGGGCAGGGCGUCGUGGAUUGCGUCUUUUGGGGGAACGGCAUGGUGUGCAUCACCGAGGGGUUCCUGAUCUUCUGCGUCCCCGACUUCAAGAAUCCGGUGCCGUGCAGGCUCUCUGAUCCAGGGAUCGAUGAGUAUCCGCUGUGCGUGGCGGUGAUCGAUCCGCAAUACACGAUGUCCGGGAACGUGGAGGUGCUGCUCGGGGUGGGGGAUCACGUGCUGCUGGUGGAGGAGGAUGGGGUGCAGCAGUUGGGGGUCGGAGUUGGGCCUUUCCAGAAAAUGGCUGUCUCUCAGAAUGGGAAGUAUCUCGCAACAUUCACACAUGAUGGCCGGCUUCUGGUCAUUUUGACGGAUUUCUCCAAAAUCAUCUUUGAAUACACCUGCGAGUCCGCCUUACCUCCAGAACAGAUAUCUUGGUGUGGGUUGGACAGUGUGCUACUCUAUUGGGAUGAAAGAGAGCUUCUUAUGGUGGGUCCUAAUGGAAAUCCAGUGAGCUAUUUGUAUGAUGAACCGAUAAGACUCAUUCCUGAGUGUGAUGGAGUGAGACUUCUUUCAAAUUCAAGCAUGGAGUUCCUACAACGAGUUCCUGACUCUACUGUUUCUAUCUUUCAAGUUGGCAGCACAUUGCCAGCAGCUUUGCUAUAUGAUGCUUUGGAGCACUUUGAUAGAUGCAGUUCUAAGGCUGAUGAAAACUUACGAUUGAUCCGAUCCUCUCUGGCUGAGGCAGUUGAGACUUGUAUAGAUGCUGCUGGGCAUGAAUUUGAUGUUUCACGCCAACGGACAUUGCUGAGAGCUGCUAGCUAUGGUCGGGCCUUUUGCAGUCAGUUUCCGCGAGACCAUUUUCAAGAAAUGUGCAAAAUACUACGAGUACUAAAUGCUGUUCGCAACCAUGAGAUUGGUAUCCCCCUUAGCAUUCAACAAUACAAGUUGCUUACUGCACCAGUAUUGAUUGGGCGGUUGAUCAAUGCCAACCACCAUCUUGUGGCUUUGCGAAUUUCUGAGUACCUUAACUUAAAUCCGGAGGUGGUUAUAAUGCACUGGGCAUGUGCAAAGAUAACCGCUUCACCAGCUAUUCAAGACUCUGCUCUUCUGGAAAUCUUGCUUGACAAGCUAAAAUUAUGCAAAGGCAUAUCUUAUGCUGCGAUUGCUGCUCAUGCAGACAACAGUGGGCGCCGAAAGUUAGCUGCAAUGAUUGUUGAUCAUGAGCCACACUCUUCCAAGCAGGUUCCUUUACUACUAAGCAUAGAAGAGGAGGAUUCUGCCCUGGUAAAGGCAAUUGAAAGUGGUGAUACAGACCUUGUCUAUCUUGUUCUGUUUCAUAUCUGGCAGAAGAAGCCGGCUUUGGAUUUUUUUGGGACGAUAAAUGCAAGACCUUUAGCUCGUGAUUUAUUUAUAUCAUAUUCAAGGUAUUAUAAGCAUGAGUUCCUGAAGGAUUUUUUUCUUUCCACAGGUCGACUCCAAGAUGUUGCUUUUCUUUUGUUAAAGGAAUCAUGGAAGUUAGAAAAGAAUCCAAUGGCAAGCAAAGGAUCUCCCCUCCACGGUCCACGGAUAAGGCUUAUUGAGCAAACUCAAAAACUUUUUUCUGAAACAAAGGAACAUAACUUUGAAUCAAAAGCUGCUGAAGAACAUGCAAAGUUGUUAAGACUGCAACACGACUUAGAAGUCUCCACAAAACAGGCAAUAUUUGUUGAUUCUAGCAUCAGUGAUACUAUACGAACAUGCAUUGUGCUGGGAAACCAUCGAGAGGCAAUGCGAGUGAGGACAGAAUUCAAGGUUUCUGAGAAGCGGUGGUACUGGCUGAAAGCAUUUGCGCUCGCCACAGUUAGAGACUGGGAUGCACUUGAAAAAUUUUCAAAGGAGAAGAGACCACCUGGCGGCUAUAAACCUUUUGUGGAAGCAUGUAUUGAUGCUGAUGAGAAAGCAGAAGCCAUCAAGUACAUUCCAAAACUUACAGAGCCUCGGGAAAGAUCAGAGGCAUAUGCACGGAUUGGCAUGGCUAAGGAAGCUGCUGAUGCUGCUUCUCAGGCUAAAGAUAGUGAACUGUUUGGCCGGUUAAAGCUGACUCUGGCACAAAAUGCUGCUGCAUCAUCCAUUUUCGACACCUUGAGGGAUCGUUUAUCAUUUCAAGGAGUAUAUUAACAAGACUUUUUCUUGUGGCUUAUGCUUCAAAGGACUUCUAGCAGGCAUCUUCUUGUGUCUAUAAGCCUGCCUUUGUGUUGUUUUUAGUCUCUCGGAUGCCCAUCCAUCCAUCCAUCACCAGUGUGCAGGUCAUCUCAUGAGAAGGUUUGCUUUGUAUAGCAGCAACAAUUUGUUCAUCAUCAUAUUUUUCCAAGAUACUUGUUGUUUUCUAUUUUCUUGGUUCAAAAUAUAUAUUCGGUUGUCUAUAA